AUGCGCCGAACGGGUAGGUUGAACGCGGGACGAAGAGCAGCUGACCGGGACAUGGUUUACUACGGCACCGCCUCGCGUGUCAACUCUGGACGCACCGGACGCGCAACAUCACCUGGCGAUGAUUCAGACGAUGAAAUGAACAACACAGAGAAUGACACGGGUUACGCUACGUGGGCGGCCAAUCAGGAAGAAGAUGAGGACGUGGGCGAGCCGUCGGAAGUUGCCCCAACCGAACUCGUCGAUGAGGACGCAGAAGCGGCGCGAUCGAGGCAGCGCUCAGUCACCACCCUGAGCCAUGCGGCACCAGUGACUCCCGUCGUCAUCGCGUCAGGCGGACGUGGCCCCACCGUGGCCGCCACUGGGGGCGUCAACGUUCCUGCUGCAGCGCCUGCACCAGCCCCGGCCAUGAACGCGGCAAUGGCUGCACGCCUUCGCGCCCGCGAGCGCGAGAUAGUAUACCUCAACUCCCGGCUCCGCGAGGCACGGCGUACGGGGAACAGAAACGGGACGGAAGGGGAUGCUGACACCCAAGGACAGCGCAACGUGGCGCCAGCAACGACUCGCCAGCGCACACGGGAGAGCAACCCGACUGUCGAGCAACGCGGCCCUGGUCCGCAGCAUGAUCGCGUGUACACCCAGUUCGUGGCACAGGCCCUCGCUAGGGAGACGGCGAUUGUGCGCGGCAGGCAUGGCCCUCCUACCGAACAGCUGGUGAUAUGGGCGGACAAUCUUGAACUCACGGACAAGUUUAUCCCUGGCCUGUUGAAUGGCCUGAAGGACGCAGUUGGGGAGGGGAUAAAGCUGCUCGUGUACGCCACGCGUUCUCGGCGCAUGUCAUUCUGGCCGUCCCCGGUACUCAUCGAGGCGACGAUGGCUCGUGCCCUUCGUCUGCGCACAAGGGCACAGCGUCAACAGCUUCACCUCGUGUGGACCAACGACGCUGCUCGGUCGGGGUGGUUCAUCCGCAAAAUGCAAGUGUUCCGUAACACUCGCUGGGAGCAGGGAAGGGCGUAUGUGUACGUCCUCAACGGGCUGCCAUAUGAGCCCCCGACCUUCUCUCGUGUUGCGGUGCCAGCGGACAUGACUGCUAACGGGGUCCCACAAGUCUCCCGCGAGGACUUCAUCGCCCGUCAUCGCGCAGGGCCUGGCACGUUCCAGCUGCUCGCGUGGCAUGUUCUCAACGGCCUGCCCUUCGCCGCCGACUCAUUUGAGAGGGGUAUCUACAAGUCAUUCCGCCGAGCAAGCCCACCCCCUCUCGUGGAGUUUCCGCUGAUCAACGGCGGACAGAUGCCACGGUCUGCGCCUCAGAACGACGAGGCGGUGCGCUGGUACCACGACCGCGUGGUCGAGUGGGCCCGUCGGAGCAUCAUGGCGAGCACCCCAGCUAGUGGACCGUGUGGCAGCAGCGCCCACGAGACCCUGCAUGACCUACACGAGGAUCACCCAGCAGAGCAACGGCUCUCACGUCACCCAGUAGCAGCGGUGCCUGUCAUGCCCAGCAUGACCUCAACCCUUCUCCCACUGCUCCCCCCCUUCCUCCCUCACAUGUGUGCAGUGGCUGUGGCGCCCAUGAUUCCCACUAUGACCUACACGAGAAUCACCCAGCAGAGCAACCACUCUCACGUCACCAUCCUCUUCAACCGCCCCUGCCCCGCCUUCCGCUGCAACGCACGCUACUGCUCGCUGAGAGUGCGGGAGAGCAGCAUUAUCGACUCUGCGCCAUGGCGGCAGGUGCGGUGUGGGCGAGAGUACACAGUGGACGUGCUCCCCACGGCGGUGGAGUGCAUGUCCUCCUCACCUGCUGUCCACGGCACUCUGAGAGUGCGGGAGAGCGGGGUUUUCGAUUAUGCAUCGUGGCGGCAGGUGCGGUGGGGGCGAGUGUACAUAGUGGACGUGCUCCCCACGGCGCUCACGGGGCGGGUGGUGGUGCGCGUGCAGGAGGACGCGUGUGGACCCCUCCCCGCGCCCCGCUCGUACUGUUCCCCUCACCCUCCACCCGUUCCUCCCCCAUACCUACGCAACUUCACAGUGGCCCUCGUCGCCACUGCCAUCACCCCGACCUGCGCAAUUUCACAGUGGCGCUGCUCGCAGCCUCCAUGCAGCCAGUCAGCCUCACAACUCUCAGCAUCACAUACGGAGACCAGCCCGCCUCCUGGCUGCAUGGCGCUGCUGCCAGUAUUUCUGCCAACGGCAAUAGCAGUGGCAGUGGUGGGGAUGGUGGCGGUUCAGCCGACGGCAGAGGCUGCUCGCCUGUGGUUGUUGACGUGGGGAGCAGUGACGGCAGCAGAGGCAGUGGCAGCAGCAGUGGACCAAGUGCCAUGGGUAUCACAACUCUUCUCCUCCCACUGCCCCGUCGGCCUCGUCUUCUACCCCGUGCUCUCCACCCGCAUUCCCUCCAUUGCUCCGCUCACCCCCACUGUGACGAAUAUCUCUGAGACUGCUGCUGGGGGUGAAGAGAGUGAUUAG